CAUUAUCAAAUUGCUCUUCGUACAAGAUUCAUUUCUUCGUUAAUUACUUCGACGCCUUAACUGGCUUUUGUUUUUGUUAUUUCUUGUUUUGAUUGACACAUCUCGCAAUUUGAAGCAUCUGAAUGCGUUUCUCAGUGCGUUCAGAAUUUCUUUUGUAAUAAUAAACACAAAAACAAAAAUUUUAUAACUUCACUUUCAUGCAAUUUCGCCGCUCUGGAUUUUGAGUAUAAAAUAAGCGGCGAUUGCAGCAAAGACAUUUAAUCGCAUUUCGUAAAGGAACGGCUCUUUACACUUUACGUUUUUGUAAUUUCAUAAUUUUGUGUCAAAAAUGUUAACCAAAUUUGCUGCAAUAAAUGUUUUGCUCGUUUUUGUCAUUGUCGCCUUAGUUGAGGUCAAGUCCAACAGAUUAAAUUGGUGUGAUCCCGAAUUGUGUCCGAAUGGAAAGCAACAUCUGGCAUGUGGGCAUGAUGGUGAUUUCACCGCCGCCUGCCCGGAAGACGCCGUCAUGAUGGAUUUGCGCUCCUACAAGAAGGAGAUUCUGCACGAGCACAAUAAACGUCGCAACUUCGUAGCACUCGGCGAGUUGCCCGGCUAUUAUCCCGCCUCGCGCAUGGCCACCAUGGUGUGGGACGAGGAGCUCGCCUUUCUCGCUGCGCUCAAUUUGAAAAUGUGUUAUGUGGAACAUGAUGAAUGCAACAAUACGCCGCGCUUCGCGAAUGUGGGACAAAAUCUCUCUGGCGUGGCUUACCAACGGCAGGGCGUUAGCAUAAGUGAAGUGAUAAGCCGUUCGAUGGGCUUGUGGUUUGGUGAAUAUCCGUUGAUCAACAGUAAUUAUAUAUCGAAAUUCCGUGUCUCAUCGAAAUUCGAGGAAUAUGGCCACUUUGCUGAGUUCGUGGUUGAUCGUAAUACCCACGUCGGUUGCGCUAUCAUCCGUUACACCAAUCCUUCAUUUCCUUUCUUUCACAUCUACAAUAUGGCCUGUAAUUAUGCGAGUAAAUAUGCUUUGGGCGUGCCAGUUUAUACUGUUGGCGAACCGGCGUCGGAAUGUCAAACUGGCAGUAAUCGAAAUUAUCCCGGUUUAUGUUCCACAAAGGAGAAAUACAAUCCAAACUAUGAAUAAAUGACAAGUGCUUUCUUGUUGUAUAACAGAAAUAAAGACUGAACUAAAAAAUUAAUAUUAAUUUGAAAA